AUGAAUAUUUGGUAUGAAGGAAGCAUUUCAGAUGAAAUUACAAAGGCUUUUACUGAGAAUAAAAUAAUUGUUAUUGUUGCCAUUGAUGAUAGAGAAGAAUCUCUUUUACUCAAAAACCUAAUUGAGAAUAAUUUAUCCACAAUAUUUACUACCAGUUGUUCUGGUAUUUUGAUAAAAGAAAAUUCAGAAAAUAUAAAUUUUUUUAAACAAUUAUACAAAAACGAAAUUCAUUUUCCUUCAUUAUUUUUAUUUAACAAAAAUGGACUAACUACUGUAUUAACUGAUGAAAAAUUGACAGUCCCUGAAAUCACAUCAUCUAUUAUUCAAUGCACAUUAGUCAGUUUACCGUCUCCACAAGACCAACCACAAAACCAAUCAGACAACAGCAAAAAAGAAAACACACUAACAAAACCUUUGUCAACUGAAGUCUCUCUCCUAGAAGAAACCCCAGAUUCAGAAGAUAUCCUCCAACAAAGGAGAAAAGAAAGUCAAGAAUUGGAACAUGAAGAAAAACUCCGAAGAGAAAAAAAUCGUCAGUUAUUAGAAGAAAAACGUAAAAGAGAAGAAAUUAAACAGAGAAAUGAAGAAAUAGAAUUAAAAUUACAAGAACUUAGUGAUAAAAAAUAUGCAGAAAGAGUCACUUUAGAAAUCCUUGCUGAAAAAGAGCAACAAAAACAGAAAGUUAAAGAAGAAGAGUUAAGAAUUAAAGAAAUUGAAGAGAAAAAAAGACAAGAAGAGUUAGAACGAAAAAAUGAGAUGAAAAAAUUUGUCCAAGUUGCUUUCAGACUUCCAAGUAGUGAAACAAUUAAACAACCUUUUGAAAAAACAGAUACUAUAGCAGACUGUUUUGCUUUUCUUGAAACAAAAGGUUACAAGAAAAGAGAAAUUGAAUUAUUAAACUCAUUAAAAAGAACUCCCUUAAAUGAUGAAAAACUUAAGAUGGAAAUAUUUUAUCCAUCUAUUGUUAUCCAUGUAGUGAAAAAGAAAGAUUUAGGAGUUGUUAAAAAAGCAGAAAAUAAAUCAUCCAAACCAAGUGAUAGAAUAAUUGAACAAGACCAAGAACGUCAACAAAGAAAUGGGUAUCAAGCCUUAGAUCAACAAGAAAACCCACAAGAAAAUGUACCAAAAAAUAAAUUUCUACGUUUCAUGAAGGGAUUUUUAACAAGAAAAUAA